AUGAACUUCUCACUGGAGGUCGCACACUCAGAUCUCCUCAUCAUUCGCGGCAACCAGCCGUUCAACGCGGAGCCCAAGGCGUCCGCACUCGUGCAGUUCCCCAUCACACCUGAGGAGCUGGUGUACUGUCGAAACCACGGCCCAGUGCAGGAGUACGACUGGGACGACUUCGAGGUGAAGAUCAGGGUCGGGGAUGUGCAGGUUGACGGAGCGUCAGACGUUGUGGAGAAAGUCAUCACAGCAAAGGACAUCCGAGAGCAGUUCGAGAGGGUAAAGGUCGAGGCGGCUUUACAGUGCGCAGGAAACCGGCGCAAGGAGAUGUCUACGCUCAAGCCCGUCGUGGGUGUGCUCUGGGAUGACGGUGUUAUCGCCAACUGCAAGUGGGCAGGUGCCCGUCUACGCGACGUGCUUGCUGCCGCCGGGCUUCCUAGAGAUCUUCUCGACCGCGCGUCUGACAUCGAAACCACGACCGGCCCUUCCGGGCUGUAUGUUCGCUUCAACUCGAGCGUGACGCCAACUGAGAAUGACGCUUACUAUGGCGCGAGCAUAUCUUUGGACAAAGCGCUCUCGAAUGAUGCCCUGCUUGCGUAUGAGAUGAACGAUGCGCCGUUGAGUCCGGACCGUGGUGGGCCGUUGCGGGUAGUCGUUCCUGGUUACCUCGGCGCACGAUGGGUUAAGUGGGUGGAUGAGAUUGAGAUCUGCAGAGAGGAGAGUCCGAAUUACUAUCAGGCGAGGGAUUAUAAGGUGUUACCACCAGAGAUCGAGAACAAGGAGCAGGCAAAGAACGCCUGGACGAAGUACCCUUCGAUGACCACGCUCCCGCUCAACUCCGUCGUAGCCUCCAUCACACGGCGGUCGCCUUCAGAACUCUUCGUGAAAGGCUAUGCAAUCGGGCGGGGCUCUGCCAAGGUGACCAAUGUCGAGGUCACACUUGACGAAGGAGCAACCUGGAUGCCUGCGAAGAUAAGU